AUGACGCUAACCGGCCGAGAUCAGAGCCUCGCGAGACUACUUUAUUUGUCUAUAGAACUUUUCGCGGUUGUCAUUGGCGUUGUAGCGUCAUUGCUCGCCACGAAGUUGAGUGAGGAGUGGUCUUUUAUGCCGCUGCCGACAUGUCUGCAGUCUCUAGGCGCCCGGCUUGCGGUGGCCCAUUCUGGCGGUGUCUCGGAGUCGGCGAAGAUCGGUCACUCUGCUGACAUUUUCGCCCCACAAACAUCCUCUUCCGUAGGCCGGCUCGUUCGUGUCUGUCUCUGGUCUUCUUCUAUCCGCUACUCAUCUUGUCUAAUUACCAAUUCCGUUGAACAUUUGGAACAUGACCAGCACACAUUCAGCGCUGGCCGAGCAGUAGCCGACCGACCGACCGAUCGGCCGUCUGGCGGAGGCAGUCUUCCUCGAGACUUCGAAAAGGGUCGGCCGGAUCGUCCGAGCCGCGGUUCUCGACCUACCCAACUCGACAGCUCCUUCCCACUCGAUGGUAAGCACGCUGUUUUGAUCUUCUUCACAAGAUCCCUUUUUUCUCACCUUUCUCCAUCGGUCAUUCUUCACCCGACGCAAUCUACUGACCAAAAGAGCUGUGAUCAUCCAAUAUGGUUGCUACCGGUUCGUCUGCAUGGCAAUCACGUCGUCAACCGACGCGUACUCUAA